GAACAAAAGAACAAAAAUACAUGUUCGCGUUCGGAGACUUUCGACCGGAUGAAAUCACCGACGCGUUAAACCUCAGCACGCUGAUGCAGCCACCGAAAGUUGCUCAUCCGAGCCAUCCGAUGACUGCUGCUGACGUCGCCGUGCAUACGCCGAGCAUGAGUGAACAGCGGUCGACGACGACGACGCUUGCGCAACCUCCACAUGAAUCUCACGUCAUCGCAUCUGCUGCUGCUGCUGCUGCUGCUGCUGCUGCUGCUGCUCAGCCACAGCCGCCGCCGCCUCCGCCUUCAGCGCCAUCGCGAUUGCUGGGAGACGUGCUGCUGAGCUUGCCUUCAGUCGCUUCGACCGUGCACCGAGGGCCUAAGCGUGAGUUUCAGCCACGAGGCCUGGUGAACAAAGGCAACGCGUGUUACAUCAACACUGUGCUGCAAGUACUUCUGGCGACGCCACCCGUGCACGCAUUGCUCCAUCAUGCUGAAUUGCGCAGCUUCUUGUUACAGCAAAACGCGUAUGACGAGUAUCUGGCUCGAACGAUGCGAUCGCCUGCCGCGGUCACCGAUCGUGUGAGCAGAUUGCUCCUGUUCAGCCUCGCGCGUCUCUCGCAUGAAUUCAAAAUCUUGACGCCGCAAGCAGCCUUGAAGGAAGGGCCUUUUGGUCAGCCUUUGCUUCCUGGAUAUGUGCACGACGCGGUUGUGCAUCUCCGCAGCUCUGACAGUUUCCAAUUUCGUCAGGAAGACGCAGAAGAAUUUCUUGGGUUUGUUCUCGAUCGACUUCACAACGAGCUUGUCGGAGAGAUGCGCAAGUCGGCUCAUUUCAGCUCUAGUUAUGAUGUUAGUGCGGCCGCUAUCACAUCUGGUGCGGCGGAAGAGUGGGAAGAGGUCGGGAAAAAGAACAAGACGGCAGUGACGCGCCGCCUGGAUCAAGAAGCCUCUCCAAUCAGUCAAAUCUUCCGUGGCUUCCUACGGUCGUCAGUGAAGCAACGUGGAGUCAAGGCGUCGGAUACACUGCAGCCGUUCUAUACAUUGCCAUUAGAAAUAACUCACCAUUCGGUCAAUUCCGUGGUAGAUGCGUUGAGAGUGCAUGUGCUACCAGAAUCGAUUUCGGGCUUUGCUCGAUCCAAAGACGCGCUCGACAACGAGGCCUCAAAGCAGCUAUUGCUUGAAGAGUUGCCGCCAAUCCUUGUGCUUCAAUUGAAGCGCUUCGUCUAUGAUCUUUACGGCGGCGUCCAGAAGAGUUUAAAGUUUGUCGAGUAUCCUGCAACGCUAGAUUUGAGCACAGAACUGUUCUCUUUGCCUGCCCGCUCGAAAUACGGCCCCAAGCAGCGCCAGUAUCGACUUCUUGCAGUCAUCAAUCAUCACGGACAGAAUGCGACGGGUGGUCAUUAUACGUGCGAUAUCGAUGCUAGUCUUUCUGCGUUGUCGCCGUUUUCCAAUUCCGAAGCUUCCUCAGGCAAAUCAGCAGAAAGCACGGCUCAGCGACAAUGGCUUCGCUUUGACGAUCGACACAUCAGCACUCCGACGCAACGAGACGUACUGAAUGGAUCGCAUGACCGUGAAGCGUACUUGUUGUUUUAUCAGUGUGUACCGUGAAGUGGCAUUGAUAGGAUGUAAAUUAAUAAGCUCUAUCUUUCGAUA